AUGACCUCGUCCGAAGCCGCCGUCUCCUCAGGCCAUACCAAGCCACACGAAGAAGAGCAAUACCUCUCCCUCGUUCGCCAGAUCCUCCGCACCGGCCAACUACGACCCGACCGAACCGGUACCGGAACCCUAUCCCUCUUCGCCCCCCCUUCCCUUCGCUUCUCCCUCUCCCGACCCGAUCCUACCGAUCGCUCAAAGACCGUCGCUGUACUCCCCCUUUUGACCACCAAGAAGGUCUUUACGCGAGGUAUCAUCGAGGAACUCCUUUGGUUCGUUCGAGGAUCGACCGAUUCGAAAUUAUUGUCCGACAAGGGGGUCAAGAUUUGGGAUGGGAAUGGAUCGAGAGAAUUUCUGGACAAGGUUGGGUUGGGGCAUAGGGAAGAGGGGGAUUUGGGACCGGUUUAUGGGUUCCAGUGGAGGCACUUCGGCGCAGAGUAUAGGACGGCCAAGGAUGAUUAUCAGGGGGAGGGGGUCGAUCAGUUGAUGCAGGCUGUCAAGAGUAUCAAGGAAAACCCCACCGAUAGGAGGAUCAUCUUGAGUGCUUGGAACCCCGCAGGUUAGUGAUCAUGUCGAGUGAAACGAUCUUUACGAUUUUUGGAAAGGAGAAAAGGCAGCUGAAUCCUCUCCUCCACAACCCGCCGCGCAGACCUCAAAAAGAUGGCCCUUCCCCCCUGCCACAUGUUCUGCCAAUUUUACGUCACCCUACCUCCCCCCAACGCACCUCAAGACACCAAACCCCUCCUCUCGUGCCUCAUGUACCAAAGGUCCGCCGACCUCGGUCUCGGCGUCCCCUUCAACAUCGCCUCCUACGCCCUUUUGGUCCACAUGAUCGCGCUGAUGACAGAUACGACCGCGCACGAGUUCGUGCAUCAGUUGGGCGACGCGCAUGUGUAUAAGGAUCAUGUGGAGGCGUUGGAGGUGCAGUUGGGGAGAAAGCCCGAACAUGAGUUUCCGGAGUUGAGAUGGAAGAGGACGAAGGAGGAGAUAGGGGAGGUGGAUCGUUUCGAGGCCAGCGAUUUUGAGAUUGUCGGGUAUAAGAGUCAGGCGGCGAUCCCGAUGAAGAUGAGUGUCUAG